CGCCUAAUGUGCCAAAUUCCCAUUUGGAUUCCUCGUCUAUUUCAGAUGCUUCCAUUCCAUGGUGUCGUCUUCAUCUUUUCCGUUAUCAGACAGAACAACCAAAGUGCGGAACCAGUAACUGCUUCCAUCAAUAACCGCAUUAAGUCCUAGGUAGGCCAGGCCAACUCCUCAAAACUCCAAAAACGAAGGUUGUCGUAAUAUCCACUCAAAAUUACAAACCCUCCUUCAUCUUACGGGACCUUGCACAGUACCCCACUCCACCAAAAUAUGUAUUCAUAUACAUAUACAUGUAUAUCUGGGUCCUUUUCUUCUGUAACUAUGAUGAUUGGUGUGUUAAUUCUGGCACUGUUUAUGUCAACAAUCGAAGCAUCGUCACAAGAGAUUUCUUCACCAUUUUCAUUUGGAUCUCGAUCCAUUCUGCGAUCAGCCAACAGUGCUAACAAAAAUGGAGCUGAAAAGCUGGACUACGCAGUGGAUAUAAACGCCACGAAUUUCGAUGCUGUGCUUAAGGAGACCCCCACCACUUAUGCCAUUGUUGAAUUUUUUGCCCACUGGUGCCCGGCUUGCAGAAACUACAAGCCAUAUUAUGAGAAGGUUGCAAGGCUUUUUAAUGGAGCUGAUGCUGUCUAUCCGGGAAUCAUAUUGAUGGCCAGAGUAGAUUGUGCUUUGAAGAUAAAUACCAAUCUUUGUGAUAAGUUCUCUGUCGGACACUAUCCUAUGCUUCUUUGGGGCCCACCUUCUAAGUUUGUAUCUGGGAGUUGGAAGCCAAAGCAAGAAAAGAGUGAAAUACAUUCCAUUGAUGAUGGACGGACCGCUGAUCGCUUACUAAACUGGAUAAAUAAGCAACUGGGCAGCUCAUAUGGCUUGGAUGACGAGAAAUAUGAGAAGGAGCAUCUUCACACAAAUAUUUCUGACCCUGGACAGAUUGCACGUGCUGUAUAUGAUGUUGAAGAAGCAACAUCCACUGCCUUUGAUAUUAUUUUAGAGCAGAAGAUGAUUAAAUCAGAGACCCGAGCAUCACUUAUGAAAUUUCUUCAGCUUUUGGUGGUUCAUCACCCGUCGAGAAGGUGCCGGAAGGGAACUGCAGAAAUACUUGUAGACCUUGAUGAUUUGUCAGCCAACAAGGAACUUGCCAGUCUUAGCCAAAAAGGUGUAUUUGGGAAUUAUCAGAUUUGUGGAAAAGAAAUUCCUCGUGGAUAUUGGAUGUUUUGUCGUGGCAGCAAGAAUGAGACUAGAGGUUUUAGUUGUGGGUUGUGGGUUUUAAUGCACUCACUUUCUGUGAGAGUUGAUGAUGGAGAAAGUCACAUGGCUUUCACUGCUGUAUGUGAUUUUAUUCACAGUUUCUUUAUCUGUGAGGAAUGCCGACAGCACUUCUAUGACAUGUGCUCAAGCGUUUCUACCCCUUUCAAGAAAUCUCGUGAAUUUGUCCUCUGGUUAUGGAAUGCGCACAACAAAGUUAAUGAGAGACUAAUGAAGGAAGAGACAUCCCUAGGAACCGGUGAUCCUAAGUUUCCAAAACUUAUUUGGCCUCCUAAACAGCUUUGCUCUUCUUGCUAUCGUAGUCAAAACGCAAAAGAUAAUCAUAUUGAUUGGGAUCAUGAUGAGGUUUUCAAGUUCUUGAGCAACUAUUAUGGGAAGACAUUGAUCUCUCUGUACAAGGACAAGGAACGUCUCGGGGAUGGACAUACAGAUAGAGUUGUAGCUGAAGAUUUAGCAGUUUCGACAAAUGCUGUUGCAGUGCCUGUUGGAGCUGCACUGGCAAUCGCUAUUGCAAGCUGUGCGUUUGGAGCGCUUGCCUGCUACUGGAGGCAACGACAGAAGAGCCGGAAGCCAAGAAGAAGCUGGAACUGAACUUCUUGUUAACAGGAGAGAUUUGUGUAUAUGAGCAUCAGUUAAAAGAGAUUGAAAUCAGGCCAUGUACUGGAAACAAGUUGAAAGCCUGGAGAGGAUAAUUUUCCAUAUACAUUUCUUCUGGGGUCUCUCUUUCAGAUUGUACAGGUUUUGUUAUUAAAUAUUAGAAGUGUGUCAUAUGAUUAUUGAGAUUUUGAUUUAAACGUCGAUUUUUCUCCCACAUAUGAUGUAUUUUUAUUUUACAGAAAAGUGAACUGUAGCAAUUAACAUGCAA